UUGAAUUUUGGCGCAAAACAAGAUAUCAUAAUAGAAUUCCUAACGAAGCGAAUUCAAAUUUUGUGGACAUAAAUAUUUGUCUUUAAUAAACGUGAUAUGUUAUCGUAUGGCAUAAUAUCGCGAUAGUUUUAACCGCAAACUGUACAUACCUUAUCAUGUAUCGGAACAAUCAAAUAAGAGGUUUCAAAUCUCUGUUAAAAUGCCAGCAAUCGACUAGCGGCAAGUCCACGGAAAAUUUAGAAACUGUUAAUCAAUCAUUCGAAAGUUCAGAUCAAACUUCUCGAAGAAGUACCAAGAGAGUUCUUAAUUUAUUCAAGAAACCAGUCGAAUGCGAUAAUGAAGAAUUACAGGAAAGAAAUGACCAUAUCAAGACGAAUGAAAAUAACACGGUCAACGAAGAAAAUUCAGCUUCCCUUGUUAACAAUAGUAGAAUUAUAUUUAACGUAGUAAUUGGUAAAAAAUCUGCAAGAAAACAUAAGAAGUGGGAUGAUGAUGGGACUCUAGAAGUUACUGGAAAAUGGGCUGUUCUAAAGAAUUCAGAAGGUGGUGUUAUUCAGAGGACUGUGGUUAAUCCAGAAAAUCUUGUUGAAGGCUUUAGGAUAUGUAUCAAUAAUAAAGAGAUCGAGAUUAUAGAUAGAGCAACAUCUAGCCAAUCGGUACCAAGUGAGCCUGUCAAAGAAUUAAUUCCAGAACCACCUAGAAAGAAGAUGAAAGCUUCUAGCUCUUGUUUAUCCAGUCUUCCCCUUGGAUCUUUAAAAAAAGGGCUCAAAUUAACAUGCAAUCCCCUGGUAAUGCCUUCCUUGAGUAACUUAAAAAGUUGGAUAGAAAACGAUGUACCAGAGAAAGAGGAAGAGGUUUCUGUAGAUGCUUGUCUAGUCAAUGCACUUAGACCACAUCAACGCCAUGGUGUUGUAUUUUUAUAUGAAUGCAUCAUGGGUUUGAAUAUACCUAAUUAUUUUGGUGCAAUUUUGGCUGACGAAAUGGGCCUUGGAAAAACGCUACAAUGCAUUACAAUUAUUUGGACGCUAUUAAAAAAGGGGCCAUAUGGAAAGCCUGUAGUAAAAUAUGUAUUAGUAAUAACUCCUAGUAGUCUAUGCGAUAACUGGAACAAAGAAUUCGGGCGUUGGUUGGGUUUUCAUAGAAUCUUUCCAUAUGUUGUAAAUACCAAAAACAAAGUAAAAGAUUUUAAGAAACAAGCACGGAAUUCAAUAAUGAUUAUUAGCUAUGAUAUGCUUAUAAGAUGUGAAGAAGAACUUGAACAAAUAGCUUUCGACUUAAUCGUGUGCGACGAAGGUCAUAGAUUAAAAAAUAAUGAUAUAAAAGCAGCAAAGGUAUUAAACAAUAUGAAUUGUAAGAGGAGAAUCCUCUUGAGCGGGACUCCUAUACAAAAUGAUUUACAAGAAUUUUUUGCCCUGAUUGACUUUGUAAAUCCUGGUAUAUUGGGUAGUAAUUACGAAUUUAAAAACUAUUAUGAAAAUCCUAUCGUAGCGUCGCGAUGUCCUCACGCACCUGCCAGCGUGGUAUCUUUAGGAAUAGAAAGAGCCAGCGAGCUGAAUGAAAAAACUAAAGUUUUCGUCUUAAGGCGCACACAAGACACGAUUAACAAAUAUUUACCAUCUAAGCAUGAGCUAGUUGUAUUUUGUCGCUUAUCAGAUGAACAAGAACACUUGUACUCGCACGUUACAGAUACUUGGUUUAACAGAACUGUACUACCAAACAACAACAUUUCACAUUUGACAGUGAUAACAAUUCUCAAAAAGAUCUGUAAUCAUCCUGACUUAUUUUAUAAAGAGUCGAAUGAUUUCUUGCAUGACGAUUUAAAAACGUUACGGGCAAAAGCUUGUAGUACUUCAAACAAAGCAUAUUGUGGAAAAAUUUCGGUUAUACAAACAUUAAUGAGAAAUUUAAAGGAGACAGAUGAAAAAUUAGUAUUAGUUUCGUACUAUACGCAAACACUCGAUUUAUUAGAAACUGUUUGUAACACGGAGGGUAUGCAGUUCCUCAGAUUAGAUGGUAGUACACCAAACAGCUCAAGAUCAAAGAUUAUUGGACAAUUCAAUUCAAAAUCAGAUUGCAGCAAGGUAUUUUUAUUAAGUGCUAAAGCUGGCGGAGUUGGAUUAAAUCUGCCUGGAGCAUCUAGACUUGUAUUAUUUGAUUCAGACUGGAAUCCAGCAUCUGACUCUCAAGCUAUGGCAAGAAUCUGGAGGGAUGGCCAAAAAAGAGAUGUGUAUAUAUUACGAUUGCUAACGACAGGCACCAUUGAAGAAAAGAUCUUUCAAAGACAAGUUAGUAAAGCAGGCUUGAGUGAAACUGUAGUAGAUAAAAAGAACUUUGCUUCUCUGAAAUUGUCCAUGAGCGAAUUGAAGGACUUAUUUACAUUAACAAGAGAUACAGAUUGUUUGACUCACGAUCUAAUGAAAUGCCCUUGCAAUGGUUAUAAACAAAUGGAAAAGAAAUUAGAAAAAUUGGACCACGAAAAUAUUCGGGAACAUCAGUUCCUUUUGGAAAGUGAAACACCUCAACAAAAGUUAACAAUAAAUCAACUUUUAGAGUGGGAACAUUAUCAGCGCCCAGUUCUGAAUAAAGUAAUGCAGGAAAUCAUGUUGUCAAAUAUGUCUGAUAACAUAACAUUUAUAUUUAAAAAUUCUAUUUUAAAUAAAACAAUUUAAUUUUUUGUUGUAUAUUUUAUAAAAAUUGUAAUAAAAAUGUACAUCUAUUAUCUUUAAAUUU